GAAAACCGGAAACAGCAGCGGAGGUGACGUUCCUAACCAGUGGACGCCAUAUUGCCCUCAGCUGGAGGAACUCGGGAGGGUCUUGAGAGAAAUUUAAAAACACACGGCCAGUACAUCCCUCUCCUAUCUACGACUAAUGGACGCAAUGGCAAGCCCAGGCAAAGAAAGCUAUCGAAUGAAGAGCUACAAGAAUAAAGCCCUGAACCCCCAGGAAAUGCGGAGACGGAGAGAGGAGGAAGGGAUACAGCUGCGUAAACAGAAGAGGGAGGAGCAGCUGUUCAAGAGGAGGAAUGUGUCUCUGCCACCUGGUGAUGAGUCCAUGCUUGAAUGCCCCAUUCAGGAUCCUGAUAUCAGCUCCACUGUACCUGUAUCAGGUGAAGGAGUUAUAACCCAAGACGUGAUUCAGAUGAUCUUCUCUGAGGAUCCAGACCAGCAGCUCAUAGCCACUCAAAAGUUCAGAAAGUUACUCUCUAAAGAGCCCAAUCCUCCUAUUGAUGAGGUCAUCCACACACCUGGUGUCGUCAGCCGGUUUGUUGAAUUCCUAAAAAGGAGUGAUAACUGGACUCUGCAGUUUGAAGCUGCCUGGGCCCUGACCAACAUAGCCUCGGGAACCUUCCUACACACCAAGGUGGUCAUCGAGACAGGGGCCGUGCCCAUCUUUAUAGAGCUACUCAACUCAGACUAUGAGGAUGUACAAGAGCAGGCAGUGUGGGCAUUAGGAAAUAUAGCCGGGGAUAAUGCCGAGUGCAGAGACUACGUCCUCAACUGUGGCAUCUUGCCUUCUCUUCAGCAGUUGCUUGCCAAAUCAAACCGGCUCACUACCACCCGAAACGCUGUGUGGGCGCUAUCCAACCUGUGCAGAGGGAAAAAUCCACCUCCGGACUUCGCAAAGGUGUCACCAUGUCUGAGCGUGCUCUCCAGAUUGCUCUUCAGCAGUGAUCCUGAUGUUCUUGCAGAUGCCUGCUGGGCACUUUCAUACCUGUCCGAUGGACCCAACGACAAAAUCCAGACAGUUAUUGACUCAGGCGUGUGCCGCAGGCUGGUGGAGUUGCUCAUGCACAGUGAUUACAAGGUGGUGUCCCCUGCACUGAGAGCAGUGGGGAACAUUGUAACUGGAGACGAUAUUCAGACCCAGGUGAUUCUGAACUGCUCCGCUCUGCCCUGCCUGCUCCAUUUACUCAGUAGUCCGAAGGAAUCCAUCAAAAAAGAGGCCUGCUGGACUGUCUCCAAUAUCACCGCUGGGAACAGAGCGCAAAUCCAGGCGGUAAUCGAUGCCAACAUAUUCCCAGUGCUAAUCGAGAUACUGCAGAAAGCUGAGUUCCGCACCAGGAAGGAGGCCGCAUGGGCAAUAACCAACGCCACCUCUGGAGGCACACCAGAGCAGAUUAGAUACUUGGUUUCUCUCAACACCAUAAAGCCCAUGUGUGACCUGCUGACAGUGAUGGACUCCAAGAUUGUGCAGGUGGCUCUGAACGGCCUGGAGAACAUUCUCAGACUGGGAGAACAGGAAUCCAAACAGAACGGAACAGGCAUCAAUCCUUACUGUGCUCUCAUCGAAGAGGCUUAUGGCUUGGACAAGAUUGAGUUCCUGCAGAGCCAUGAGAACCAGGAGAUCUACCAGAAGGCCUUUGACCUGAUCGAGCACUACUUUGGUGUAGAGGAGGAGGACGCCAGCAUCGUUCCGCAGGUGGAUCAGAAUCAGGGCCAGUACAUUUUCCAGCAGUCGGAGGGACCGAUGGAAGGCUUCCAGCUCUAACCCGUAUCCCUGUGCUACUGGCCAAGCUUCAGGCCUUGCUUCCUCCAUCCUGCCUGGAGUGUCUUCUCCCUCCUUUUCUGCAGCGCAGGACCUCAGCUCCAGCCUCGCUCCAAGACACGGAGGCUCGUACCCGCUACUCACAGCAGAGAUGACACCUGCGCCCCAAACCCAACCCACUAAAUCUUCCAUUUCCAUCCUGCCCAUAUUCCAAGCUCCAUUAUCGAGAGAGAAAAUCUGUGAGAUGGACCGAGGAGGGCAAAGCUCAGAGUCUGUAGUUUAUGUCCUGUUGAGACUUACAAAGAGCAUCUUGCUUUUGUUAUUGUUAUUGUUGUUGAUGUUAUUAUGAUUAUUAGACAUUGGCACUGGUGUUCUGUAAAGUAAACUUUACUCCAUAUCCCUUGAUAAAUGUGAAAACUACCUCUUCAAUCAGAAAACAAAAUGUGUGACAAACACCCAGCCUUUAGCUCUGACAGUUCUCUUCUCCUGUGAAGUAAAUGCUUCUAUGCAAACAUGUAUUUUCGGCGUGGCAGAAAUAACACGGCCAGACAAAGUAACUAAUGUAUUUGCAUUGAUACAUUUGCAUUGGAUGAAUUCCCUGACUUUGUGUGCCAGCACACCAACAGUUUAUGUCAUGCCAUGUUUGUUCACAAUGCAUCCUGAGGGCAUGUCAAGCCUAGUUACACUAUUUAUUCUGACGUUUUGUUAACUAGCAGCAAACUGCUGACCUGGGAGAUUUAGAGCCGUAUUUAUUGUGCUUUUUAGAAGGAACCGGUCUGUGGGGUCCAGCUGUUCAGAGACCAGCGCACAGCCCGCUUCCUCGCAGCCCUCGCUUUGCUAAUGCUGUUAAAGCGUUACAAGCGUUGCAUGCAAUUAUUUAAGUGUGGUCAUGCGAUCACCAAGAUGGAGUUGUUCGUAUGUAUGCAUAUCAUUGGAAGGUGUUUCUUUUUGCGCUGACUGGCUUUAAUUUGAUUUAUUUAAUGUGCACAUGGUAGAAAGUGUUGAGAUUUAGUAAAAUGUGUAUAUUAUAUAUACAUUGAGGGUAGAAGGAGGAUGUUUUUCAGUGAAAUGGUCUUGGUGUGCAGUGAAAUACUAAUGUAAAAAAAGCGUCUUUCAUAACAUUCUUCAUUCAAAGAGCUUUUCCUCAUAUGGUCCCUACUAGCGCUCAAAUUUCCUGUAAGGAUCUUAUGUUCUAAUUCUUGUAAUGAUAUAUCCUUUUUAAUGCUUCAAAUGAACUUACUUGCAGGAGAUUGCCUUAGUCAUGAAACUUGUCUGGCAGAAAGUUCCUCUGUUUUCUGUUUUUGGUGUGAUUUAUUUACUUCCUCCUUAUGUUCUGCCCGUAAAUGACUUGCACCCAUUUUCCUUCGAAACAAGUUUGAUUGAUCCAAAUAAGAGUUAUAAUAAUGGAAAGUCAGUAUAUUUACAAAGAAAAAAAUCAUUAAGAUUGUAAAAUGAAACUUUAUCAAGCACAUUCGAUUGUGUAUAGUUUUGUAAAAAUUCUCAUGUUUGUACAAUGUUUUCUAAGUUUGGGUUUUUUUCGCAUCAGAAAAAAAAACAUCUGUGUUUUAAGUUAUCAUUAGUACAAACAUACAGAGGAGAUCAUUGCUUUCCUCAAGGACAAAUGUUGAUAUUGUGUGAAAUGAUGUAGACAAAUAAACAGACAAAUAAAAUGUUCUGUUACACA